GCGUCGAGCGACCACCCUGCGCGCUCACGGCCGGUGAAAGGCGGAAGUGACGGCGACGAAGCGGUGCUCGGACCCGGGAGACCCUGCUCCCCCCUCCCCGCCCGGCGCACAUAGGGAGGGUUGUGCCCGGGGGCUGCCGCGCUCUCGGUACCAGUGAGAACCCUGCAGCUGUAACCCGGUCUCCAUGGCGACCAAUCUGCGGAAGGGCGGCGGGCUGAUCGGGCUGGUGAAAGACGCUUUCCAGCCGCAUCACCACCCGGCCGCACAGCCGGGGGCCGUGGACAGAAAGACGGUGGAAAAAUGCUGGAAGCUGAUGGACAAGGUGGUCCGCCUGUGCCAGAAUCAAAGGUUGGCUCUGAAAAACAGCCCCCCGUAUAUUCUGGACCUGCUUCCCGACACCUACCAACAUCUUCGCACAAUUAUGUCUCGCUAUGAGGGGAAAAUGGAGACGCUGGGAGAAAAUGAAUAUUUCCGGGUUUUCAUGGAAAAUCUCUUAAAGAAGACAAAGCAGACAAUUAGCUUGUUCAAGGAGGGGAAGGAGCGAAUGUACGAGGAGAACUCUCAGCCUAGGAGAAAUCUGACCAAACUGUCCCUCAUCUUCAGCCACAUGCUGGCAGAGUUAAAAGGGAUAUUCCCCAGUGGUCUGUUCCAGGGAGAUACCUUCCGGAUAACGAAGGCAGAUGCUGCUGAAUUUUGGAGGAAAGCUUUUGGAGAGAAAACGAUUGUACCUUGGAAGAUUUUCCGUCACGCUUUGCAUGAUGUCCAUCCUAUCUCAUCUGGACUGGAAGCCAUGGCUUUGAAGUCUACUAUUGACCUUUCUUGUAACGAUUACAUCUCUGUUUUUGAGUUUGACAUCUUUACACGUCUUUUCCAGCCAUGGUCUUCCCUCCUGAGGAACUGGAACAGUCUAGCCGUGACACAUCCUGGUUACAUGGCGUUCCUGACCUAUGAUGAAGUCAAAGCUCGGCUUCAGAAGUUCAUCCACAAACCUGGCAGUUAUAUUUUCCGUCUGAGUUGCACACGGCUGGGCCAGUGGGCGAUUGGAUAUGUUACAGGUGAUGGAAAUAUUCUACAAACCAUCCCUCACAAUAAACCACUUUUCCAGGCUCUGAUCGAUGGAUUCCGAGAAGGCUUUUAUCUCUUUCCCGAUGGCCGCAAUCAGAAUCCAGAUCUUACAGGCCUUUGUGAGCCCACUCCUCAGGAUCACAUCAAAGUCACUCAGGAGCAGUAUGAGCUGUACUGUGAGAUGGGCUCCACGUUCCAGCUCUGCAAGAUAUGUGCGGAGAAUGACAAGGAUGUUAAGAUUGAACCCUGCGGACACCUUAUGUGCACUUCAUGCCUCACCUCUUGGCAGGAAUCGGAAGGCCAAGGUUGCCCGUUUUGCCGGUGUGAAAUCAAAGGAACUGAGCCGAUCGUGGUAGAUCCGUUUGAUCCAAGAGGAGGUGGCAUGGCUGAAAUGUUGCGACACUGUUUAGAUGGAGCUCCCUCCCCUUGCUAUGAAGAUGAUGAUGAUGACAGUGGGAAUGACUCUCUCUUCAUGCUUGCGGGAGCCAAGGUGGAGAGGCCUCCCUCUCCUUUGUCUGUUGCUCCACAAGCUUCCCUGCCUCCUGUGCCACCUCGUCUAGACCUGCUACAGCAGAGACCCCCCAAUCCCUCCGGAGCCUGCAGCCCUGCAACCACCUCUAAGGUUCCCAGCAGCAUACAUCACAAGGACAAACCACUGCCCAUCCCACCAACUCUUAGAGACCUUCCUCCGCCUCCUCCUCCUGACAGACCUCAUUCUAUGGUGGGUGACAGCAGACCUCAGAGGAGACCUCUCCCUUCCACACCUGCAGACAAGCCCCUUCCAGCUCCCUCAGCCCGUCCUGCAGACCCCUGGAAUCCCCGGUCUGUGCCCAAGGCUCCCACACCCUGCGUGCCACCAGUGGGGGACUCCUGGGCAGGGGGGAAAGAAUUGUCCAACCGUCACUCCCUGCCUUUUACACUGCUAUCGCAUGUUGAUGACAGAAGGGAUCGGCAUGGGAGCACUCAGAGUUUGGAUAACACUGGCAUAAAUUUGUGUGCGGAUUUGAUGGCAGGAAUCGAUCUGGAUGACCCCAAAGUGAAGCAGUCGUCUUCUGCCAAUGCCAUCUAUUCUCUUGCCUCCAGGCCACUUCUGGUACCAAAGCCUCCAGCAGGGGACCAUUCAGAUAGUGGUGAAGACUCUGAGUACAUGUGCCCCUCAUCACGACCCGUAAAUCCGACCGUGGUGCCAAAACCUGAAAUAAGGAGGCCAAUGGAUUCACUGCCUGGCAUGCGUCUGCCUGAGCAUUUGAUGGAAAGAGAUUCCUAUGAAACGAUGUACAACAUUCAGUGCCAAGCUACACCUCUUCUUCUGGAGCCAGAGAGAGAGGAAGCAGAGGAGUGUCCUAUAACUACCAACAAUGGGCCAGAGGCCGAUGAGGACAAUGGAUAUGACAUACCAAAGCCCCCUUUGCCUAUGGCUCCUGCUCGCCGCACCCUCUCUGAUAUCUCUAAUGCCACACCUGCCUUCAGCCCCUCAGCAAUGGGCAUGGAUCCUGGAGCAGGGCUCCUGGAGUUUUCUCAGGUUCCUGAACGUCCCCCUAAACCUUUCCCCAGACGGAUGAACUCUGAGCGCAGACCUGCAGCAGGUGGGGAUGUCGUGCCAGGUCCACUUUCCAGCGAGAUCGAGAGUUUAUUAAACCAGGGCUAUUCCCAACAAGAUGUAAACAAGGCCCUGCUGAUUGCCCAUAACAACAUCGAGAUGGCCCGCAACAUCCUUCGUGAGUUUGUGGCCAUCCCUUCCCCUCCUCACGUGGCCACAUAACGAUAACCGUUCAAGAGCACUCCCAUCCCAAUUAAAAGAAGAGGAGUGAACGAGAACGUACCUCUGUCCCCGACGUUCAGAAGUAACACAGGGACAAUUGGGACCACUGGGGGUAGUUGUGGGUACAAGGAAAUAAAAGUUAAAGGCAAAUACCCACCCCCUAGCUGGAAGAAUACAGGGUACGGGUGCCAGUCUACCCAUUGUCAAUCAGCAUUACCAGUCAGGUCAUCCGUGAAAACAAUCCAAACUCUGCUAUGUAAAGCAGGUUUCCCCCUGCGCGUCCUCUAGCGGUGGGCUACCUUGACACGGAGGACUCUCGGGCUGUAAUAUUCAUGGAUACACUGAAGCUAUUUACCCCGUCUGACUUUUCAGUAGGUUGUAGGAAUGUUACAUUUGCCAGUUUUUCACAGGGUGAGAAAUUGGAGAUGAACUGAUUUUGAUUUAUCACA